AUGCCAGGAGGAAAACGCGUCUCACGUCGGAACGCGUCCGGUCAAGUUUCGCGCGUGGGAACUGCAGGGUUGAUGGGAAUAGGAGCGCCCAACCAUAAUUCGAGACCGGUUAAGCUAAAAUCACAUUGCCGACGACAGUAUAUGUUCGUCGUCAGACGAUGUUGCGGGUUUCGCUCUACCAAUACCCUCUCAAAACGGUUUCCGACGUUCACCAAGCCCCAUAGGCCCGAAAUCUCGUUGAAACCGUUCUCCCGAUCCAGCUCAGUCUCUCGGAACGACCAGGACACAGAGGUCGACGUUGUACACGACGCCAUGGCCCAACGCCGGCUAGCUCAGAUCGUCAAAGAGCUUACCCCGCCUCCUCCUGUGGUCGGGACUCUCAAAUUGGGCGGUAUCUCCUAUGAUGUACCGACUUCUUUGACGCCUUCGAGGCUCGUGAAGAACGACCAGGCCUUGUUGGACAUGCAGGAUCCCGUGAAUUUGGAUAAUCUGCAUUUUAUGCUGCAGAAGUAUUUGUUGGGUCAGGAUAUAUUCUUGGUCUCCCAGCCUGGUCCGUAUGCGAGGAGGUUGGCAUUGACGUUUGCGAGCCUUAUCAACUCGGAGUACGAGUAUAUUGCAUUGCACAGGGAUGUUGGAGAGACUGAACUGAAGCAGGGAAGAGAGAUUAGACAAGGAGGAAACCUCGUCUAUGUCGACAGCCCCGCUGUCCGUGCUGUAAAGCAUGGAAGGCUGUUGAUUCUCGAAGGGAUUGAAAAGGCUGAGAGAGGUAUAAUGCCUGUCCUCAACAACCUCUUAGAGAAUAGAGAAAUGAAUCUCGACGACGGAACCCACAUCAUUCACCCUCAGCGGUAUGAGCAACUGGAGGCCAAGGGGACCGUAACUUCGGAGCAAGGCAAACUCUUCAUACCAGCCCACAAGAACUUUAGAGUCGUCGCCAUCGCCGCCCCAGUUCCUCCCUACCCUGGAUACCCACUCGACCCUCCCUUUAGAAGUCGUUUCCAAGCCCGCUUCAUAGACCCUGUUGGCGCUCUCCUUGCCAUCAAUGGACCGAAAGAAGCCAGCAAAUCUGAAACCGGCUCGAACCAGCUCUACGAGAAGCUGCGCAACCUCAUCCUCACCACCCAGUACGCGAGUGAGACAAGGAAUGCCCUGGAAGCUGUGUCCAAGACGGCUUUGCCUCCGUUCCCGCAGACAGCGAUUGCGAAACUGCGGGGUCUCGUCCAGGCUUUCCCUCCUCCCGACUCGUUGACCCCGUCGCAAUUGGCGAGGUUGCUGCUUACGCUUCAUCCCGCUUUGAUCCACUCGCCAUUGCAAGCCUGGGCUAUCCUCGGUAGACACAUCGAAGAGGCUGGGCUUGGCGAGUUGGGCAGUCCUUCGUCUGAGCAGGGAGGAUUACUGGGCUACGAACUCAAGGCGAUCGAACGCGCCAAUGAUACCACCGCACGCCUCACUUUUGCCCAUCCCAGCGUCAGGAAACCAGUUGUCAUUGAUGUUCCUGCAGGCAGCAAGCAAUUACGACCUUUCCCGUUCACGGGAAGUCUCGAAUUCAACCCUACACCUCGAUUCAUUGGGCUGUUGACCUGCUUCCUACAAGCUCAUGCGCUUGGCUGGCAUAUCUCAUUGAUUCCUCCCGUCUUGCCAUCCACAGCAUCCACUUCAUCAACGACCUUGGUUAGGGUAUUCGGUCAGAUCUUGGGAUAUGAGUUGGAGUCACUGCACAUUUAUAAGGAACUUGGUGGACGGGAACUCAUUAUGAGGAGGAAGAUCGAGGACGGUGGUGCGACUCAUUGGGAACCGAGUCCCCUCAUCGAAGCUGUCUGGUCAGGUCGCGUGGCGCACCUUUCUGGCCUCGACGUCAUCGGGUCUACAGCAGGCUCCCUCUCCCGCCUCAUCCAAGAUCGGGAAACCGAACUGUGGGAGGGUAAACGAAUCGUCGGUCAAGCCUCCCCAGAAGAACUCGAGUCGGGUGAACUUUCCCUCGCACACCCCUCCUUCCGUGUCAUUAUGACCGCCUCCAAGUCGCUCCCUCUCAAAGACUGGGUAUCGGACGAGCAUGCCAACAUGUUCUUCCCCAUCCCUUCGCAGCCCAUGGACCCUCAGGAAGAAGGCGCCAUCCUUCGUGCAACAGGGUGUCCUCCGCAGAUUGUGGACAUGCUUUUGACCUUCGCGGAGAAGUACCGAAGCAGUCUCUCGGCGGACAAUAUCAUCAAGAAUAGACGCCUCGGAACCAGGACCCUCGUUUCGCUUGCAAGGAGGAUUGCGCUGUUCCCUGAAGAGGUGGACUUGAAUUCCUUGGUUUCGAGAGCACUUUUGGCGGAUUUCCUUCCAGCUGUGGAGAAACUAAACCUGACUACCUUACUGGAGGAUUCGAAUAUCUUUAAGAAGACUCCCCCGUUCAACCCGACGCCUGUGAUUCAAGAUGGAAAAUUGGUCUUCCCUAGUCCGACAACUGCUGAUGGGGCCCAGACUGAGAUGAAACCCACUGUCAUCCCUCUGUUUGACCCUAAGCAAGACCCAGAAGGAGCGGCGUCUCAUAUCCCUCAUAUGGACCACUUCUACGACAACAGUCUCCAGACCGGUCUCAUGCGUGACUUGGCCAUCGACCUGGAGCUGCUCGGAGAACAUGUUGUAUUACUCGGAAACCAGGGAGUUGGGAAGAACAAGAUUGUGGACCGGUUGUGCCAGCUACUCGGACGACCAAGAGAGUACAUCCAACUGCACCGCGAUACGACUGUCAAUCAGCUCAUGUUCACCACGUCGCUCGAAGCUGGUGUUCUCAACUACACUGAUUCGCCACUUCUUCGAGCCAUCAAACAUGGUCGAUUCAUUAUCAUCGACGAGGCUGAUAAAGCACCUGAGCACGUCGUCGCGAUUUUCCGAAGCUUGGCUGGACAAGGCGAACUGUCGCUUUCGGAUGGCCGCCGUGUCAGGCUUGUGAAGGAACGUGAAGGGGAUAUCGUCGUGCACCCCAACUUUAGGUUGAUUUUGCUAGCUAAUCGGCCUGGAUAUCAGGCUCAUAGAGGUGCUUUAGCGUUCUUGGGUAAUCAUUUCCUCCAAGUGCUGGGAGAGAACUUCAGUGCACACUCCGUCUCCAAUCCCGACAUUGCCUCGGAACGAAGGUUGAUCUCGCAGCUUGCACCUGAGCUCAGUGAAGACCUUGUUACAAGGCUUGUGGGUGCCUUCGAUGACCUGAGGAAGGGAUACGAGUCUGGUGCACUCACUUACCCCUACUCUUUGCGAGAACUCAUCAACCUCGUACGUCACUUGAAGGCCUACCCGAAUGACACGCUCGGCGAAGCCCUUCGCAACGUCUUCGACUUUGAUAUCUACAAACCCGAGACGAUUGAUAAGCUUGCUCAGAUUCUCAUUCACCAUGGGCUGGACGUUCCGACGCUUGGAUUGGAAGCUGCUCGCACUGCUACCAAGAAGAAGAUCGAGGAUAUCCAGUUUACGCCUAAAGAUGAUUCGCUUGGUGGACCCAAGGAGGGGAAACACGAUAAUAAAGAGCAUCAUGGUGGAAAUACCUGGGCUGGUGGAACUGGAGGUCGCGAUACCGCAGGUAUGGGUGGUAUCGGAGGCUACAAGCGUCUCUGGAAAGGCGGUGACAUCAAGCAAGUCCCUGAACGGAUGAAGCAGCGCGUUCCGGAUGAUAUCCAGGAGAAAGCGAGGGAGAUGGCCAGGGAGGAACUCAAGAGACGUCUGGAGGAGCUUGACAUGAGCCAAGCGGAGGCUAAGGGCUAUAGUGUGCUCUUGAACUCUACACAGGCGCAUAUGGCGUCUUUGGUCGAUCUUUUGGAACAUCUUGCCGCCAAGGAGGAAGAAAGGGUAUGGGUUAAGAGGCAGACGGAUGGAGAGCUGGACGAUACAAGGUUGACUGAGGGCUUGACGGGGGAGAGCACGGUUUACAAGCGGCGAGGACUGGAGAAACCUGAGCUUGGCCGACCGCAACUCAAGCCCAAACGCAUCCGUUUCAUUUUUGACCUUUCGGCUUCGAUGUACCGAUUCCAGUACGACGGGCGGUUGCAGCGGAGUAUGGAGACUGCGGUCAUGUUGAUGGAGACCUUUGAUCGUUUGUCCAGGAAGGACAAGUACGUUUGGGAUAUUACUGGACACUCUGGAGAUGGUCCAGAUAUUCCGCUUGUACCGGCCGACAAGCCUCCCACUGAACUCAAGGAGAGGUGGAAGGUCGCCGAGAAGAUGUACAUGAUCCCUCAAUAUGCCUUUGCUGGUGACUUCACUGUGGAGGCCAUCCGGAAAGGUGUCGACGAGGUGGCAAAGUUCGACGCUGAUGACUGGUUUGUCAUUGCUAUCACCGACGCAAACUUUGGCCGAUACCAAAUCACCCCUGAGGAGAUCACGCAGGCGAUGAACUCGAACCCCAAGGUCAACACUGCGUUGAUCUGUAUUGGCGAGGGCGCUGAGGCUACUUGGAUCCCUAAGCGACUCCCUGGAAAGGGCUUCCGUGUCGCGAAUACCGGUGAUAUCCCGACCGUGUUGAGGAGUAUCUUAUCUACUAUGGUUGAUCGCAAGUAA